AUGUCUUCAUUUCCGAGUUCGGAAGAACGAACUGUUGCAUCGUCUCUGCUUCUUCUCAACACCUCACCUCCGUCUCCCUUGCUUUCUACUCCAAAGUUUCCCUCUGAUUCAAGCGAUGCAGUUCCAGAGAGAGAGAAAGCAACUACAGCACGCGUUCCGGACAAAUAUCGAUUUCCUACUGUUCUAAUAAAUCCUCAUCUUCCUCUCUCACCAAUGACAGCGAUUGCAAGGAAGAUAAGAUCGAAGGUCACGUGGACCUCAUCGUGCUCCGGCGACCGGAAACCGAACGCCGGUGAGGCUGCGAAUAUGCUCUCUCCUGUUUCUGCCUCCGGCGAGGCCUCUUCCUGCUUGUCGAGCAGCUCGAGCGGCAUCUCCAGCGCGCGAAGCUUGCGCUACGCUAAAAGAUGCAGAGGCGCGAUUGUUGAGCGUGUGACCGGGAUCGGACGUGAGACGGCCGAGCCGUCGAGUCGCCCAGCUGGUUCGCCGCACCUGCGUCGGCGUGGCGAAGCCAUACUCAAGUUGCUCUCUUGCGGUGACUCCUCUGAAGUGAAGAUCCGUCAAAUGCUCGGUGACAGCCCCGACACCAGCAAAGCUCUAAGAAUGUUGCUAAGGGUGGAUGCUGUGAAAAGAUCAGGCUCGGGAGGGCGUUAUGAUCCUUAUGUUUACACGGUACACAUCUUUAUAAUUCACUAAUUAAUUGAGUUUAAUUUUUAUCGCAUGAAAUUCGGUGUCAUGUAAUAGUG